AUGGAUCGCAGAGAUAAUGGUAAAGAAGCAGUUUCUGAUCACGUUUUGGAUUCUUUCACGAAAGAGAAGAUGAAGAGAUCCGUUUUGGGUUCUUGCAAAGCUGAAGUUGAAUCAGUGGCGGAUGAGGAAAACCCUUCCCCAAAACUGAGUCAGUGUGAUAUCUGCCUCAAGACUUUUGGCUGCGGCAAGGCUUUAGGUGGUCACAGAAGAUCCCACUUUAUGAAACAGCAGCAACAAAAGAAGGUAAAGACCCGUUUCACUUAUAAUCACACAUCAAAACCUGGUGGUGAUAAUAACAUUAGGGUUAUCUGUGAUUUUGACGAUGAUGAUGGCAAACACAUUUGUUGUAUUUGCAAGAAGGAAUUUCCCACCAAGAAUGCUUUGUUUGGUCACAUGAGCUGGCUUUGUAAAGAUACAAGAGGCAGAAGCUCUAUUGGUGCGUAUCAGGCUGCUGAAACUCUUUUGUACAUGAGUUGUUCUAACUACUUUUCUAGUCAUGAGUGGAAUAGGGUUUUCCCCAAGAAGGACGAAGUGCUGCCAAAGAGUGCCCCAACCCUAAUCAAACAGCGCAAAAGGAAGACUUUUGAAUCGUCACCCAGUAAGAAAGAUAAGGUGAAGAAGAUAAAGUUUUUAUUUAAAGGUGAAUUGAAUUUGGGAAGCACGUCUAAUGGGGUUGGGGAAUGUGAUGGUGAGGGUAAUGAGCUGAACAGGUGCAAGGGUUUAUCUGAAUCUGGGGUUGAUCAUAACCAUGAUGAGAAGAAGAUGAAGAGUUUUGAUGAUUUGAAUGGUGAAUCGGUUACCCCAACUAUGCAAGAUCAUGUUGGUCCUUCUGAUGUGAAGAAGAUUAAUAUGGAUAAGAAAGGGAAGACCGGUAAGAAAUUGGUACUGAAUUCAAGGACAAAAGACUCGGAAUCUGAGAAAGCAAGUCAAGAGAAAACAGAUUGGUAUAAAUGUGCUGCAUGUGGAAAAAGCUUCAAAACUUUCCAAGGCCUAGGAGGACACAGAUCAGUACACAAAGAGAAGAAUACUGUGAGCAUUGAUGAGCCAAACCCCUCGGAAGCUGUAGCUGAACAAAACAACUCUAGCAGCUCCAGUAACAUGAACAAGAUGGAGGAGCCAUCAUUUAAUGAAACAACCUUAGCAGACCAGCCAUGCCAAUCUUCAGGUGUCAAGAAACUGAACUUCGAUCUCAAUGAGCUGCCUUGUGCCAAUGAUGAGGACUGA